AACGGCCGACAUGCGCAUCCAGCCGACGACGGGGUCUCUCGAUCCAUCGCCAAGUCGGUGGCGGCUCCCGGGGGCUCUCUGGCUCUGUGCGACGCUGGCAGGUACUUUCUAUUACCUUCUCCAUAUCCAGCCACAGCUUGCCAACGACUUCUUCUGGCCGCACUACAACUCGUCUGGGUACCAAACCUUCCUCAUCGAUGCCCUCAACCAGCUACUGGAGACAUCAGAUGAUGAGGCGACCGUUGACUUGGGCUCGGUGAUGCUCGACGCGCGCUACGACGGUCUGCUGACAACCGCUAUCGCACACCCGACGUAUGCAAUGGCUCUGCUGACGACGAAGCUCCCAUCCCUCGACUUUGCGAUCACGAGUCUGCGCAACACAUCUAUCGACAUGGUCUUGUGGCUUCCGACACCAUACUGCUGGGUCGACUUUAACAAAUCGUUUGAGCUCGCGCACACAGAGGCGCGGCAGGACCGGUGCCGUCACCAGUAUGGUACCAACGGCGCCGUCUACCUGGAGGCUGUGGCUCGCAACAUUGAUUGGACGGCCUUUCUUGUCGGCUACGGCGGUCCCGAGACGCUCUUUUGGAGCGCGAUCUUGAGUGGUCUCGAGGCGUCGACGCGUGGCGUGCAUUGGCUGGACACGGUCGCUGCAACAACGACGUCGGUGCCGGACGAAGUGGCGUUUUGGCAGCGCCAUGGGAUCCAGCGCUUUUGCUACCAGUGGCAAAACUUGCGCCUUCCGGGUCUCGUCGAGACAGCGACGCUUGUCAAUGCCCUCGGUCCAGGGUCGUCCAGCCACUUUUAUGAGCCGUUGGCCAUGGAUCUGUACCCGACGACAAUGUGCAACCUGAGUCUGAUUCGCGACACGCCCAAUUACAUUCUCAAUACAACGUGCUUUGGCAUGCCGCCGCAGUCGUUUGACGAUUAUUCUUGCCUCUGA